AUGUUAAUUUGGAGAAUUAUUUGGACGAGAAUUAAAUUACUUUUUCUAUGCAGGUCUUUUUACGAUAAUCUUAAUGUCACCUCACCAAACCUCAAUUUUGUGGAAAAAGCUUGGGCUGCUUGGUUCAAUUCUUUCGAAAAUGAAGCUAUCGCCACCGCUAUGAUAGCUUUCAUAAUGCAUGAAGUUGUUUACUUUGGACGUUGUGUACCCUUCUGGAUUGCAGACUUUAUACCCUUUUUACGAAAAUAUAAGCUUCAAGCUAAUAAAUCUAAUACAUUAGAAGAACAUUGGCAAUGUCUUAAAUCUGUUCUUUUUGCUCACUUUUGUAUCGAACUUCCAUUAAUAUUCGGUUUUCAUCCCGUGGCCACGAUGUUUGGAAUGGAAAUAACCACAGUUCCAUUCCCUCAUUGGCAGACAUUGGCAUUUCAAGUGGCCGUAUUUUUCGUUUUUGAGGACACAUUCCAUUAUUGGUUUCAUCGUUUAUUACAUUACGGCCCUUUUUAUAAGUAUAUUCAUAAACAACAUCAUGAAUAUUCUGCUCCUUUCGGAUUGACGGCCGAAUAUGCACAUCCACUCGAAGUAGUUAUUUUGGGUACUGGAACUAUUGGAGGACCGCUUUUGUGGGUCGCAAUUACUCAUGAUCUUCACCUUAUUACCGUUUUCAUUUGGAUUAGUUUACGUCUGUUUCAAACUAUUGAUGCACAUUCUGGCUAUGGUAUUGGAUGCUGA